AUGUUCUUCAACACCUCCCCCGACGCCCUCUUCAUCCCACCCGCGACCAUCGACCCGGUGGGCUUCGGCAAGGUUGCCAUCGUCACGGGGUGCGGCUCGGGCGUGGGCCUCGCCUGCGCCCAGCUGCUCCUGGCGCACCAGUACCAGGUCUGCGGCCUCGACGCGCGCGAAUUCAACUACUCGCUGCUCCAGGAGGCGGACCACGGCAGGUUUCAUUUCCACCGCGCCGAUCUCACGGAGCCGAGAGCAUGCGAGGACGGGGUGUUUGCUGCUGUUGCUUCUUUCGGGGGACGGGUUGAUUUGCUCGUCAAUGUUGCGGGCGUUAUGGGAUCCUUUAGCAGCGCCGACGGCGUGACGGACUCGGAGUGGGAUCGGGUGGUGGCCGUCAACCUCACGGUCCCGGUCAAGAUGAUGAGGGCGGUGAUCCCCUUUAUGCUCGAGAAGAAGUCGGGCGUCAUCAUCAACGUCGCCAGCACGGCCGGUGUCUCGGGGGCCGUGGCCGGGAUAGCGUAUACGUGCAGCAAACAUGGUCUGAUUGGCGCGACCAAGAACGUGGCAUGGCGCUUCCGUAAAGAAGGCAUUAGGUGUAACGCGGUGCUCCCCGGCGCCAUCGACUCUCGCAUUGGCAAGGCCAUCGCCGCCGGUCACGGCCACGGCCACUACCAUGGGGAGUCCGGGUUCGACGCCGAGGCCUACGCGCAGGUCGAGCCCGUCCACGCGCUCCACGCGCAGGCGUCCGAGUCGACGCCGAACAUCACGCCACUCGAGGUCGCACAGUCGGUGGUGUUUUUGGCGACGGACCAGGCGAGGACCAUCAAUGGCGUUAGUUUGCCAAUCGAUCAGGCGUGGAAUGUUGUUUGA